AAUAAUUACAGUAUCGCAACUGACUUAGUAAAGUGAAAAAUUUGAUAGUUCUUUAGUAAUACAGAGGGGCUUGUUUUUCUAAAUAUUCUAUUUAUUUAAAAUUUUUGUUGGUUUUAAGAGGGAAACGAAAACUAUUGUACAUCAUACUGUACUGGAAUGGGCGUAUUAAAGCAAUUUUUGGCCGGCCUGGCUGCGGCCUUCGGUGCCUUUUGUUUGGGCGCCUCAAUUGGCUGGUCCGGCCCCAUGGAGCUGCCGGUAACAUCGGGUGCUGCGUACAAUUUCUCGACCAGUCAGGAUGAAUGGAGUUGGAUUAGUUCGAUGUUAAACUUCGGAGCGGCUUGCGCUUGUGUGCCCGUUGGCAUAUUGAUUCGUGCAUUUGGACGCCGUCUAAUCAUGUUGCUCAUAACGUUGCCAUAUUUUCUUGGCUGGGGCUGUAUAAUUGCAGCGCAGAAAGCGUUCAUGCUGUAUAUUGGCCGGUUCGUUGUGGGUGCCUGCGGUGGCGCCUUUUGUGUUAUGGCGCCCGUCUAUACCACAGAAAUAGCAGAGGUCAAAUUGCGGGGCGUAAUGGGCUGCUUUUUCCAGCUGCUGAUCGUGCAUGGCAUUCUUUUUGGAUUUAUUGUGGGCGCCUAUUGUAAGCCAUUCCUCGUUAACGUAUUGUGCGGCAUCUUGCCGCUUAUUUUCCUAGUAAUAUUCUUUUGGAUGCCCGAAUCGCCCGUAUUUCUGGUGCAGAAGGGCAAAACGGAGAAGGCGGAAAAGGCAUUGAAAUGGCUGCGUGGAGGCGAUGCGGAUACAAGCGGCGAAAUGGCCGCCAUGGCGGCCGACAGUAAGAAGGAGAAGGCGACGUUCCGCGAGGCGCUGUCGCGCAAGGUGACCUGGAAGGGACUCGGCAUCGCCAUGACAUUGAUGCUGCUGCAGCAGUUGACGGGCAUCAAUGCGAUUCUGUUCUAUGUUAACGCUAUCUUUGAGAAGGCCGGCACUGGCCUCUCGGCGAACACCUGCUCGAUUCUGGUGGGCGUUGUUCAGGUAUUUGCCACAAUUGUUGCCAUUCUGCUUGUGGAGCGGGCCGGCAGGAAGCUCUUGCUGCUCAUAUCGGCAAUUGUGAUGGGCGCCACCACCUUGAUAAUGGGUGUGUACUUUCAAUGGCUGAAGGACGCGAAAGUUGGCUGGCUGGCCAUUCUGGCAAUUUGCCUGUUUAUGGUCGGUUUCUCGCUGGGAUUCGGCCCGGUGCCGUGGGUGAUUAUGGCCGAGCUGUUUGCGGAGGAUGUGAAGCCCGUUUGCGGCGCAAUUGUGGGCACCAGCAGUUGGUUGUUCGCUUUUGCUGUCACCAAAUUAUUUCCGCUCGUCCUAUAUCAAUUCGGUCCGGCAAUUACUUUUUGGAUAUUUACAGUCUUCGCAAUUUUAGCUUGUGUUUUUGUGGCCAUCUUUGUACCGGAGACGAAGGGUAAAACCAUCGACGAGAUUCAAGGUGUUCUUGGCGGAUAAUUUGCUAGUAAAAAAUACUUAUGUAUUUCGCUUCGGCUGUCUUGAAGUAAAUCUAUUCAAAAUAAAUUGAUAUUUGAUUUUCCUGA